UGGAGCUGAACAGGAAGUGAAGUGUCAACGCAAGUCUAUCCAAAACAGAGAGAGAGAGAGCGCCGCUUUGAUGAAUUGAUCUUAUAGUCAUUACACUCCUUCUCUGCUACAUAGUGCCUUCAAUUUAAAGACUCUGCUGCCAUCUGCUGGUGAGCUGGAGAACUGCAGCACUGGCGUCAUGGUGAAGGAUGUUUCGAAAGGUCAAGAAGCGGCACAGCAGCAGUAGCUCCCAGAGCAGUGAGAUCAGUACUAAAAGCAAGUCAGUAGAUUCCAGUUUGGGAGGCCUGUCUAGGUCAAGCACAGUCGCAAGCCUUGACACAGACUCCACCAAGAGCUCAGGUAACGCUGUGUCUGACACCUGCGCUGAGUUCAGGGUGAAGUAUGUGGGAGCCAUUGAGAAACUGCAGUUUGAGAUGAGCAAAACCCUCCAGGAACCUUUAGACCUCAUCAACUAUAUUGAUUCAGCUCAGCAAGAUGGAAAGCUGCCGUUCGUUCCUGGAGACGAUGAGAUGAUUCUGGGAGUGUCCAAGUAUGGUGUUAAACUGGCCUCAUUGGAUCAGUGUGAUGUGCUUCACCGUCACCCCCUUUACCUGAUAGUCCGUAUGCUUUGCUAUGAUGAUGGCCUGGGUGCAGGAAAAAACCUGCUUGCGUUGAAAACCACUGAUGCCAAACAACAGGAGUGCAGUAUCUGGGUUUAUCAGUGCAGUAGUGCGGAACAAGCCCAGGCCAUCUGCAAAGUUUUAUCAACCUCCUUUGACUGUGCUCUGGCUUCAGAAAAAUCCUGAGGUCUCUUCGGAAAACACCUGUGGGAAUCUGGUAGAAGUUGCCCUGUUUAAAACUGAUGUGAAAGAAAUGUUACAGUCUCUCAGUACUCGGUACUUGUUCGGCACGAAAGGGCAACCAUCUUCAUCACAUGUUUACACCGUAGUUGAUACCCAGCAUCCUCCGCCCCCGACAUCACCCAAAAGUCCUGCUAGCAAGUUUGGACUACGUCUAUUUUUGUACCUAAUUUAAUCUUAUUUAAUGUACAUAUACAGUAACCUCAAAGCACAAUUCUCACCAUGGAUCCGUGAUCCUAGUGGGAUUUGAGCAAAGCAUGGUACAGUAAUGUUAGUGUGUAACACAGGGAUUUGUUUUUAUUUUUAUUAAUGAUGCUGUAAACCACAGACCCUUUGCACCUUGUUUAUGUAGGGGUGCAACAGGUACUAUGACAAUCAAGCUGUUUAUCAAUGUUCCCCUCCCCUGUAAUCCUCCAGUGUCCUGGUCCAGCUGGGAUCGGAUCAGUUAAUACGGUACAAUAAAUUGUAAUUACAAUAAGUGGAACUUUCUCAUUUAAAAAUAAUUUUAAUUGUGUGCGCUGAAAAGCAAAAUAAAAGCGUCACUUGAAUGCA